GAACUGUUCUGGCGAGGGCAUAGCGCACAGACACUUCUGUCCCAACAGUCAGUCCACCUCUAUACAGGAGAACUGUGAGUCACCAAAUAACUGCGACGCUGAGCGCGCAAAAGAGGAGAUACAAGACAGCGGGCUUCAGCCGGUCGCCACUGUCACUUAGACCGACGCCGGGAACACAACUGCCAUCACUUCAAUGCAAGGAAUGGGAACCAUUCACAAUUGAUGUUAGGAUAAACCACCUCUAGCAUUUCUUCGCGGUUUUCUACAUCCUUUACCACAGACUGGCGGAACUUUCUUUAAUCUUUAAUGUUCCCUCAAUGGUAGUGCGCGAUUCAAAAUUCCACCUUUAACUAUAUUCGGUGACUCCCGAUGAACGUCAGCGAGGCUGGCUGGGUGGAGGAAGCAGAGGUGGGCCUGUCCUCAGCCCUCCCCCAGGAGCUGCCAAUCAAUCCGUGGGACGUGGUGCUGUGCGUGUCCGGCACCCUCAUCUCCUGCGAGAACGCCAUCGUGGUGGCGGCCAUCUUCUACACGCCCACGCUGCACACGCCCAUGUUCCUGCUGAUAGGGAGCCUGGCCACGGCGGACAUGCUGGCCGGUCUGGGCCUCAUCCUUCACUUCCUGUUCCGCUACUGCGUUCCCUCGGACACGGUGCAGCUGGCCACCGUGGGUCUGCUGGUGGCCUCCUUCAGCGCCUCCAUCUGCAGCCUCCUGGCCAUCACGGUGGACCGCUACCUCUCCCUGUACAACGCACUCACCUACUACUCGGACCGCACGGUCACGCGCACCUACAUCAUGCUCAUCCUGACGUGGGGCGUCUCCGUGCUGCUGGGCCUGCUCCCCACCCUGGGCUGGAACUGCUUGUGGGACAGCGGCUCAUGCAGUGUGGUGCGCCCGCUGACCCGGGCCAACCUGGCGCUGCUCUCGGGCUCCUUCCUGGUGGUGUUCGUGCUCAUGCUGCAGCUCUACAUCCAGAUCUGCCGGGUGGUGUCCCGCCACGCCCACCAGAUCGCCCUGCAGCGCCACUUCCUGCCGUCCUCGCACUACGUGACCACCAGGCGGGGGAUCUCCACGCUGGCGCUCAUCCUGGGCGCCUUCGCCAGCUGCUGGCUGCCCUUCGCCGUGUACGGCCUGCUGGGCGACGCCUCGUACCCGCCCAUCUACACCUACGUGACAUUCCUGUCCGCCGCGUACAACUCCCUGCUCAACCCGCUCAUCUACGCCUUCCGUAACCAGGAGAUACAGAAGGUUCUGUGGGCAGCCUGCUGUGGCUGCCUGUCUCCUGGCCUGUCCUGUCAUUCUCACUCCCCGUGUGAUGUGUAGCAGCUGGAGUCAGUCAGGUCCCCUGGUAUUAGGGAGAAUGACGGGGGUCUGGCUGAAGUGGGAAAAGUGCACUAUUCAGCAGCACCACUCCCAAAACGUUCACAAGGUCCAAUUUUCUCCAGAGACUGUCAAGAAGUCUGACUUUCUGUCCGUCGAUCUGUGUGUGUGUGCGCAUGUACGUGCGUGAGUGAGUGUGAGUGUGUGCAGUUUCAAAUCUAAUCUCAUGCAAUGAAAAGCACUUUAAAUAGCAUGCAUUCUGGGCUCUGAGUAAUUGUUUAGUGUGCCAACUUUGUAACACUGUUUUAUUUUAUUGUUACCACAAUAACCAUAAUUGACUGAAUGAAUUUUAAUUACCUCUAAUUUCGCUGAUUUUGAAUCCUUAAGUGGCUUUAAGCUUGUUUAAAAAUGCGGUCUCUAACCCUGGGGCUGAUGGUGGUGCUAACACAGACCUAAAGCCUUGUUAUCCUGGGCAGAGACAUCUUGAACAAUGAAAAAACUCACAUGUGACCAUUGCUUUAUAGGAAAAAUAGUGCGGUGCAUGUUCAAGAUUUUGAUAUACAUGUGCAAUAUAUUUACAAAAAUCUGACUGUGGCCACACCAUUGCCUGAUAUAAGACAUAAAAAACAAUUUCUGCAACAUUAGAGAGUAACAGUUGGAAAGUAAUUUCACAAUAGAGGGAUUUCUCUUCAGCUGCAAAGUUGUGUGGCUUCUGAAUCAGUAACACAUUCAAAGACAGCCUUUUCUCAUUUCCAGUUCGAAACCAUAUUGACUAUUUUACGAAUUGAUAUUGUCACUAGCUUAAUUUUUGAAAGUUCUGGAGCCAUAAAGUUCAGUUGGAUCGUCCCCAAAGCACGUCUUAUUAUAAAUCCCACCUGGUUCCACUAGCCGUCACUGCCAAAGCAUCCAGCCGGAACACUGUGUCGGACGUAGCUGACACAUUAGCGCUCCCUCCCGGUCAGCAACGAGCAUGGCAAGUGGAGCCUUGUCACAGUCUCAAUGCAAAUUUGCAUUUUAAUUCAAAAUAUUCUGUGGAAAAUCAAUGCCGUGUUUUUGUUUUGAGUUGGGAGAUGUAACGUAAAGAACAGUAGAUAAGAGGAGCGAAUUGUUAGUAUCGUCUUUUAAACUCGUGCCUCACUCUGAAAACCAAAACCCUGAUAUUCAGAGGUUAUUUUAAUAUUUAACAUUUGCACUAUAUUAUAUUUUGUGAUAAAUAUUAUUUUAAUGUGCGAAUGUGUACAUGUGAUAUGUCUGCAAUUGUAUAAAACGAAAAAUCUGUCGCCAAAUCCAUCCAUCUUGAGAAACACUUACAGUAUUACGCUUUGUAACGUGUACUGUUUGCACAAUCCCAAAAUACGACCGAAGUGACACUUUAAACAUGUAAUGCAUAUGUCCAUGUUGCACAAUGUCAUACAUUGUACGAACUGAAAUGUUUUAUUGGGAAUGUAUUUUUUUU